GAGUGUGAGCGCGUGGGGCGGCGCUCUGCGCGGGGUCGGGCCUCGCGUGUCCCCGAGCGCCCGCUGAGAGCGGACCCGGCCCUGGGGACCUGCGGCCGGGCGCGAGGGGGCGCCGCGCCACCGCCGCGGGGCGGAUCGCCGGAGCCGAGCGGGGCCGGGGGCGGCGCGCGGGGCGGUGCCGGACUCCGCGGGCUGCGGGCUCCGGAGACGCCGCGCUCCGCCCCGAGGAGGCCACGGCCGGACGAGCGGAGCGGCGGCCCGCGGGGUCCCGGCCCCGAGGGACCUGAGAAGCACUGGCAGGGGUCUGAUGACAUGGCAGCAUUUGCAAAGGGCCACCUGGGAUGAGCCCCCGCACGGGGAAGCCGACAGGAGGCGCUGCGUCCUGAGCGCGGCCGGGCUCCCGGGGCCAUGGCGCUGCGCCCCGAGCCCGCGGGCGGCCGGCGCGUCGUCACCAUCAACGUGGGCGGCUGCAGGGUGCGCCUGGCCUGGGCGGCGCUGGCGCGCUGUCCCCUCGCGCGCCUCGAGCGCCUGCGGGCCUGCCGCGGCCGCGACGAGCUGCUGCGCGUGUGCGACGACUACGACGCGGUCCGCGACGAGUUCUUCUUCGACCGCAGCCCGUGCGCCUUCCGCGCCAUCGUGGCGCUGCUGCGCGCCGGGAAGCUGCGGCUGCUGCGCGGCCCGUGCGCGCUGGCCUUCCGCGACGAGCUGGCCUACUGGGGCAUCGACGAGGCGCGCCUGGAGCGCUGCUGCCUGCGCCGCCUGCGCCGCCGCGAGGAGGAGGCGGCCCAGGCGCGCGCGGGGCCGCCGCGGAGCCCGGGCCGCCGCCUUCGGGACCUGCUGGACGACCCGCGCCCGGGGCCGGCCGGCAAGCUCUUCGCCUGCGUGUCCGUCGCCUUCGUCGCCGCCACGGCCGUCGGCCUGUGCCUGAGCACCAUGCCGGACAUCCGCGCGGAGGAGGAGCGGGGCGAGUGCUCCCCCAAGUGCCGCAGCCUGUUCGUGCUGGAGACGGUGUGCGUGGCCUGGUUCUCCUUCGAGUUCCUGCUGCGCUCGCUGCGCGCCGAGAGCAAGUGCGCCUUCCUGCGGACGCCGCUCAACAUCAUCGACAUCCUGGCCAUCCUGCCCUUCUACGUGUCGCUGCUCGCGGGGCUGGCGGCGGGCGGCGCGGGCGCGGGCGCGGGCGGCGCGGCGCUGCUGGAGCGCGCGGGGCUGGCGCUGCGCCUGCUGCGGGCGCUGCGCGUGCUCUACGUCAUGCGUCUGGCGCGCCACUCGCUCGGGCUGCGCUCGCUCGGCCUCACGGUGCGCCGCUGCGCGCGCGAGUUCGGGCUGCUGCUGCUGUUCCUGUGCGUGGCCCUGGCCCUGUUCGCGCCGCUCGUGCACCUGGCCGAGCGCGAGCUGGGCGCGCGCCGCGACUUCUCCAGCGUGCCGGCCAGCUACUGGUGGGCCGUCAUCUCCAUGACCACCGUGGGCUACGGCGACAUGGUGCCCCGCAGCCUGCCCGGCCAGGUGGUGGCGCUCAGCAGCAUCCUCAGCGGCAUCCUGCUCAUGGCCUUCCCGGCCACGUCCAUCUUCCACACCUUCUCGCGCUCCUACUCGGAGCUCAAGGAGCAGCAGCGGCGCGCCGUGGGCCCCGAGCGGGCCCCGCGCGACGACAGCACGCGCUCGGACAGCACGCGCUCGGCCCCCGCCACCGAGGACGGCGCGCAGGGGCCCGGGGGCGGCCACGGCUGCCGCCCGGGCCCGGGGGCCGCUCCCGAAGAGCCUCUGCAGAAGUAGAGCCUUCGCCUCUCCUCCCGCCCGCCGCGCGACCCGGCGCGGGGGGGGGGGGGGGGGGUACGGGGGAGGGGAGGGGAGGGCCCACCCCGUAUGGCCGCCCCGCGCCCCCCCCCCCCCCCCCCCGCGGGCCGUCCACUGCAUGUCGCUCGAGCCAGCGAGGUGCGGGCGAACAGCGCUUCCAGCCCGGUCGUUCCCUCAUCCGCUUUCCGCCUUCCCUUUGGAGCUCGGCCUCUGGCCCAGAAACUCCGAGCUUGCAGCAAAUGCCAGAAGGCUCUGCGGCUGGCCCAGGGCGGGCGGGGGGCGGGUAGGGGAGUUCCCUGAGGAGCAGCCGCCCACAGGGGGUCUAGGGGCCGUGCCCCACCGCGAGGGAGCCUCUGCCUGCACAUGGCGUGCUGCUGAAGCCCACACCCCCGACAGGGACAGGGGCAGAGGUGUCACAUCCACACGGCCACCCACGCCCAGACCUCUGACCUCCCUCCCGCAGGCCAGCUCCGUGGGGGCUUCCUGGACCCCCCUUCCCCCCACAGGCUCUCCCUGAAAAAGACUCUGCAAAGCUCAAGGCCUGCAUGCUUCCCGGCCCUUGUGCUGGCCUCGGACGUGCUUACCCUCCGGGGUGCCUCAGGAACACCCCCUGGUUCUCCAAGGGCCGUGGGGGAGGGGCUGGGUGUGCAGCCGCUGGAACCCCGUCCUCACCAAAGCAUGAGCCUGUUUCUGCUGCGGGCAUGAAGGAAUGGAACUUUCCGAAUCAUGUUACUUUGUACUUUUUCAUGUUAAUGAGUCGGGCCAUGACAUGGGAGACAUUGCUGCCACAGGCCCCUGGGAGGAUCACCCGCAGCAUCCCCCCCUUCCCCCCCCCCCCCCGCCACCCUGGGACCCGCUGACACCCGCACCCACCCUGCCACCAUCACAGCUUUGGCAGGGGCCCUGGUGCGAGGCCAGAGCCAGGACAGGCUGGGGUGGGGCUGGGGUGGGACCCUUGCUCUGGGGACAUUUCCUAAGAUGCUACUGCAACCAAUAAAAAGUGCCACCUCUCCUGCA